AUGCCACUUUUUGGACAUUCAAAACGUAAGAAAACAUCUUUAUCGCCACCAUUAUCCAGUGCUUCAGAGCUGCUCGGCUUGGAGCUUUCGAAUGCGUCGAUGUCGUCUGGGCAAGUAUCUGCAGCUGGAAAGCCCAAGAAUAAACUCAAGAGCUUUCUAAAGCCGAAGAAUUCAUCGACUGACAAAAUUGGACAGGAUCUACAGAAAUUUAAAUUAGAUGAAGAUUCACUGGGAGAGGAAAUACGGAAUCAACGACUUAAUAAGAGAACCAGUACCAUCGUAGAAGCUGAUGUGGACGAAGCAAAUCGCAAUGCAGACAGUGGUUUUGAUUCAGAGUAUGAUUCUAGUGGGCUGAAUGAUUUUGAUUCCGGUUCUGAUUCGGAUGAUAGUGAUUAUGAAGAAGAACAUAUGCAUGCCAUUAAGAUUAGAGGAAAGAGUCUUUCGAUCCAGAGCAAUCUCGUAUCGCAGUUAUCGAGUAUAAUGGGCUACUGUGGGAUAACAUCAACGGCGACUAAUCCAGAAACAUUAGCGGCACUUGCAAACGAAGAGCUGAAAAGGACAUAUUCGUUACUCGACCAAAAUAUGAAAAUACAUCGCUUAUCGGGGACGUCAAACAGAAAGGAUCCAAAAUUGACUGAAUCGGUCAUUGGGGAUGAACAAGCAGCGCUAAUUGAUAAAUUACAGAUAAAGCUUGACGAACUGCUAAGUCUGAAAGAUUUAGCGUCCGCCCUGAUUCAACGUUUGCGCAAUGGUAAAACUGUUUAUGACAGAUAUGGGGUGGUUAGAGAUAUAAUAGGUAGAGGCGCCUAUGGGUUAAUUAAAAUCAUUGAUCCUAAUGCAACAGACGCAACUCUCAAGUCAACAACAAAGAUCGCUCCUGGAAAUGUAUUUUACGCUGUGAAAGAGUUGCAAAGGCGUCCUGGAACAGAGGUAAAACAAAAGGAGACUCAAAAACAAUUUAUUGAUAGAGUGAUAUCUGAAUUCAUUGUAUCAUCAACCUUGAACUAUAAGCACAUAGUGAAGACCGUAGAUUUGAUGGUCACAUUACCACCGGUCGAUUCGAAGAAAGGUGCUACUGAACUUAGUCAAUGUAUAAAGAUCAAUCAGGUUAUGGAAUGUACAACAGGUGGUGAUUUGUUUACAUAUAUGACAACUACUACUGAUAAAGGAAACCAACCCGUACGAAGUGUAUCACUUGAUGAAGUAGAUUGCUUUAUUAAACAAAUUUCGAAAGGAUUAUGGUAUAUGCACCAACAUGGAGUGGCUCAUUGCGACCUAAAACUUGAAAAUAUUUUAGUAAAUUAUUUACCACCAGAUCCACAAGAUCCAUUAAGAACUAGAAUUGUCUUAAAGUUAUCCGAUUUCGGAAAGGUGAAUGUCUUCAAAACUAAAUGGGACCAACAAGAACAAUUAAUUCCUUAUGCAAAUGGGCCUAUUGGUUCAGAAUCAUAUAUGGCACCAGAAGAACAUCUCGGCAAGUUGCAUAAAGUUGGGGGUUAUUCGGCGAAAAGUAAAGAUAACUGGUCAUUAGGAAUUGUAAUACUAGUAUUGUUUAAUAUUAGUAAACAGUAUUUUACGCAUAAUAAAUUAGAUGGUAAUACUGACAAGCCUGCUGAAUAUAGUGGGAUUUUUAAUGAAUAUAGCUCAGGAUACUUAUGGCAAUGCACGGAUAUGAAAAUGCAUCAUUUGAAGAAAAACGAGGAAAAGAGAUAUAGGGAUAAGGUAUUUGAAGAGUAUACGAAAAAUAGAAUGAUAGCGGAUUAUGACAAUACGACAAAAGAAUGGUUAAUCAAAAGGGAAGGUAGUUUUAGACCUGUCGAAAACUUGUUUGUAAUUCCGAAGGAUGAAGAUGACGAAGGCACUGGAUACUUCGAGUGCCAAUUAGAUGAGGAUGAAUUACAACUAUGUGAAUUACGUAAAAUGUUCAUAUAUAAAUUAUUAGAUCCAAAUCCUGAAUCCAGGUUAUCCGCGGACGAAUUUAUAAGAGGUGACUGGAUGACAUCGGUAUACAAUUGCUAUGAUUGCAUUAGUUAG